UACUGCCAUAUUAUAAAUUUUACUGCAAAAUGUAUCAUAGAUGUAUUUUAUGUUUUUUAUUCUGUUUUUACGUCAAAUUUAAGUUCAAAGUCAAAUAAUAUUUAAAUAUUUUGUACGUUGUCUUCUGUAUACUUAAAUAUUUAAAUAUACGAUUGUAACAAAUGUGAAUGUUCUUCGCACCAUUUGUCGCUGUAGAUAUUUCUGAAAGUUUUCCACGUUUCUUUCUUUUAUUACUUCAUUUUUUGAAAUUUAAUUACAUAGAGAGUGUAAAAGAUAGAGUUCUAAUUUAUUACAAUGGAAGAGUUAUUAAAACGUCCAAGAGUCACGAAAGAAUCGACUAUUCAUGAUAUUGCAUCUUCUAUAAGAGAAGUAUCUGAAUCAGUCUCGACUAUAAGUGAAAGAUACAGAACACUUUUGAAAGUUAACAAAGCAUUGGUUUCGUACAUGCAAAAUGAUAAAAAAAGACAGCAGAUUUCAGCUAUAAAUGACAUACAAUCAGAUAUGGAACAAACAAGAUUAACAUCUGAUUAAUAAUUGUAUAAUUUACCUAUAUGAUAAUUUACAGAAUGAAUAAUACUUUCUGUUAAUUAAUGUUUAAAAUAUGUACAUAAUUACUAUACAAUAAAUUUUUACAUUUUGCUAUAUUAAAAUGUUCUUUAAAAAUACUUUCACGUAUACUUUACAAUAAUGAAUUAGUGCUGUUGUGUAUGUGUAAAUACCAUGUUGUAUAUAUGUGUGUGUGUGAAAGAUU